AGAAUAUAAUAAAGUUGUGAAUAGUAUUCAAACUUUGCUAAUAAAUGAUUUGUAUUUUGCUGUACAUUAAGGUAUAAUUUAAUGUUAUUAUCCGAUCAUUUGAUUAGAUGCACACAAUUUGUUGUAAACAGUUCUCAAGACAUCAAUGAUAACAUAAAUGAUAGACAACAUUACUGGCAAUGAAAUGGUAAUUAUCAACACUAUUGUCACCCAUGAGAACCAGUCGUUGGCUGUCAAACGUUUAAAUAUAUUCCUGGUGUUAAACAUGACUAAAGGUGAUAAAACUGAUGAGGAAUGGUGUUGGACACGAAUCGGGACGACUAUACGUCUCAACCGAAAUAACAAAUACCGGAUGAUAAGUGGUGUGACUCAGAUUCUGUUCAAUAGCUGUCUUCUCGUUAUAAUCUUUAUGCUCUUUAAUUUGGUUGGAAUCGCCUGUAUUAUCAUUGCUAGCAUUUAUUUACACGACUGUCCCAUCCAAUCGRCAAUUCCGAUAACUUUGUUAGCUUUUGGCAUCGGUUUAGUGAUUCAAUCAGUAAUUUCAUUAAUAGUAAGCACUAAUUGUGUUGAUGUAAACAAUUCAACGAAUCAAUUGGGAAAUCUACUAAAAAUAGUUUAUUCAAUCACUUCACUCAUUGUUUUUGUGUCUUUUAUAUGGGCCUGUAUAGCAAUCUAUUCGGUGUCAUCAACAGUGGAUACCAAUGAAGCCAAUAUGCAAUCCGAUAAUUAUUGCAAUCAUUUUUUCUAUUGGUUCUCAUUUGUCUUAGUGACCAUCUAUUUGAAACCAACGGUUCAAUUCAAGUAUAAAAUUUAA